CUCACUUGAAACGUUGCCAUUUAUCAUAAUCUACGGAUUGUUUAUUGCACGUUUUACUUCACACAGAGAAUUCAAAUCUGUAAUUUGGGCUGGACGAGAUGGCAAACUGCAAUUUUCAGGCGCAGUUGGUAUCCAUUAUGGAGGUAUUAGCUAAAGCAGCUGUAGCAGAAAUAAACAAACGGGUUGAUGAUAGCUGUGCAGUUAUACGUUUGGAAGUGACCCAAAGCCAGCGAGAUAUUGAUGGACUGAAAAGGAAGUGUCAAAUGAUGGAGGGCGAGUUGAAGAAGACGCGAGGACGAGUCAGGAGAAAAGCUUUUUACCCCAUGGCAUCUGAGAAAUCUUCAUAUCCAGUCAAGAUUGUUUUGAACAAGCAGAGGAAUAGCUCACAGUGGAGAGACGAAGAGAUGGCUGUUGAAGAGGACUCUCAACCCCAGCCUACAGAUGUGGAGCAGAGAGCAGAGACUGAACCAAUACUGAUCAAAGAUGAGGAGACGGCAGAGGAUGUGUGGACGACUGACCCUCAGGAAGAGCUCAGGAUCACUGGAGAGGAGUCUGGUUCCAAGUCUGGGAAACCACCAUCCUUUGAGCAACGGCACUUUGAUGAGGACUUCAUCACACAACCCAACAUAUCUCCUGAAGAGUCAGUGGAACAUUACCCCAAUUCUGAUGGUCCAGAGGAACCAGGCACACCACGGUGUACGUCUGUAGAGAAAUCAAAGUUGUUCAGCACAGAGCAGCACCGCCCAGACGAGGAUGAGGACUCGCAAGAGCUGGUGAUGGUGAAGGAUGAGAAAGAGGAGGAGCUGGAUCAGACCACGGCCCUGGCAGGACCUGACCAGUUUGUCAUGGAUGAGACUGAUGGGCAGCUGUGGACCUCUGUGGAUCCAGGCAGACACACUGAUGGCCACCCAGAUUUCUCCUUUCAUUCCACAGAGGAGUACUCUCAGAAUAUAUCAAUUUUUCCAUCUCACAGUGGGCUGCCAUCCCUUCCUACUAUGACAGAUGGUGUAGGGCCAUCGGUUCACUCUUCUAGAGGGAAACCACAUGCUAACAUGUUCAGUGCAGCAGCACACAUGAAAAAACAUGUCAGGACAUUGGUUGAUGAGACUAGACAACAGAUGCCAGAAGGACAGAGCAGUGAGAUGCUGAACUCUAAUAAUGACGGAACUAGUUUAGCUCUACAGCCAAGGCAGCAUCAGCACAGGGCUUCAGAAGCAACAGUGAGAAUGAGUGAGUGCAUGACAGGGUCAAACAUGGCCACCACCUCCACCUUCUCUGGAUACAGCCUGAGUCACAGUAGUUUUAACAUGGUGAAGAGAAUGAGGACUCAGUGGAGGUCGGGCGGCACCACAGGAGAGAAACCGUACACCUGCGAACAGUGUGGCAGGAAUUUCACCAAGCAGUACAACCUGAUCAGACAUGCUGUGGUCCACAGCGGGGAGAAGCCCUACGAGUGCACACAGUGUGGGAAAUGCUUCACCCAGCGCUCCAGUAUGAAGUCACAUCAGAGAACUCACAUAGGAGAGAGUCCAGUGUCUCAACAUGUGGUACCCCCAUACCCUGGGGAUCCACACACAAGUUUAAUGUUGUCUCAGACCAGAUGGAACAAAUAAACAUAAUUGCAUAGUUUUUCUGUACCACUGUCUGUGAAAAUGUGGUACAAAAGGUAUUUUGAGACAUUUUGACAUACUUUUCUGAUUUGUGAAAUGUCUUUCAUGUUUGACUGUUGACGGCUCCUCACAAAUUCCACCAGCCUAUAUAUUUACAACUGGUAAAAAAAUUAUAUAAUGAAAACCUAUCUGCACUUUUAGAAAAAGUGAAUAACACCUUCAUAGAAUUGAGUUGUACCCCCCUUCCUAAAAAUGUUGUUGCACCCAACCCCCACAUUUACACUGACUGAAGUGGGUUAAACAAGUGACAUUAAUAAUGUAUCAUAAGCUUUCACCGGGUCAGUCGAUGUAAUGGAAAGAGCAGGUAUUCUUAAUGUUUUAUACACUGUGUAUAUAGGAACCAUUUAGUAUGUGUUGUCUAGUUAGUGCUUGUCUAUUUGGGAUGUCACUUCUUGCCACAAAGGACAGUAUCAUAUCAAAUCAGGUUAAUAACUUAUUUUGAAGUUACUCUGCAGCCUUUAACUGUUACGUUAUUUGAACUCAACUAGGCAAUCAAAUAUGUGUUUCAGUGUAUUAGCUUACAUCUUACAUGUAUGUUCAUACAACUUUACAUUUGACAUCUGAAAAUGACACUUUUACUGUACUUUGUCUAAACUGACACUGGCACUGUAUAAAACUGGUCAUCUGAAUCACAGAUCAUUAUUAUAUUCCGUAGAUGGCUAAAUCGAUAAGAAAAAUAAAUAUGUAGUUUGAAA